CCUCGUUGUGAACAGAUCUGACAUAUUUCACCUGCAACAAAACAGUCAACCAUACACAGAGAGCUUGAGGAACAAACAAACUCCUGACCAGCCAUUCAGAGGUCUUCAUUUCAGCGUGACGGUGUGUGUGAUAUUUUUAAUGCAGAUAGCGGAAGUAACUUCUCUCUUCACACAACUUUAAGUUGCAUCUUGCACGGAGAAGCUUGAUGAAAUGCUAUCUAGAUGAAGUAAGAAGUUUGGAUACUUUUUACUUUUAUAUUUCAUUUUUGAUUAAAGAGGAAGUUCAAGGGGAAAAUGGAGGCGCACGAAAGUGUCGACUUUAAGAGGCUCAUGUCAGAGGAAAGCACAGUGUCCACCCUGUCUUCAGACUCAUGUGAGUACUAUCAGACUGAGAUAUUUGACCUGCUGCCCAGCAUUCAAGCUUCCCGACCUGAGCAGAACAGACAUGGCUUUUCGGAAGAGACCAACCAGGGUGGCCGAGAGGCCGGGGAAAAGAGUGGCCAGCUGUCCAGAGGACCCAGAGACAAAACAUCCAUGCAGCCACUCAGAAACUUGCCCAUGUGUAUUCAGGGAAAGAGGGGUGCCAAGGAAAGGAGGAAGCUGGAAAUCAAUGAUAUUAAUUUUUGGGAGUCCUGGAGGAAAACCCAGAGCACCAACAGGAAGAGGGUGAGGGAACAGAUAAAAGAAGCUCUGUCUGGCCUGGUGCCAUGGCGGCAGACCCUCCGGACCAUCGAAGGCAAGUUUGGAGUUGGGGUGAAGUCCUAUUUUGUUUUCCUCAGAUAUCUGAUUUACUUGAACCUGCUACACUGCGUUCUUAUCGGGGGUUUCAUUGUGGGUCCAUCAAUAUUUUAUCGCACUGACAAGUAUGAACCGUUAAUGUUUAAUGAAAGUGACUCUGCUUUAGAUUUCUUCUUGGGAACAGGCUACGUGAAUCGUUCCCUUGUCUUCUAUGGCUUUUAUACACGAGGAUCCCUGGAUCUAAAGUGCUUGAACACACCGUUGCUGUACCUCGCUGGAAUCUUCUCAGUCAUAUUUUUAAGUCUCAUUCUGGUGGUCCGCAGAACAACAGUCGGCUACAAGCACACCUGGAUGCUCGGGAAGCGUUACAGCAUGAACGUGAGCUAUAAGAUCUUCUGUGGCUGGGACUUCACCAUCCAGGAUCCCACUGCUGCCGCUCUCAAACACGGCUUCAUCAGAAAUGACCUCAAGCUUUUCCUGGAGGAGCAGAGUUUCUCUUUAAGGGCGGCUCAAAGGACACUUGGAGAGAAGGUCCGUCUCUACCUGCUCAGAAUCGUCCUGAACCUGAUUACUUUAUCUCUGCUUGGUGGAGCCUUUUACCUCAUCUACUUCGCCACACAAACAUCUCUGAAAAAGGAGAACUCUGGACACCACUGGUUGGUCAGUCUUCUCCUCCAGUAUUUUCCUCCCAUCACCAUCACCUUUGUCAAUCUAGUCCUGCCCCACAUCUUCCGUAAGAUCUCAUCUUUUGAAGAUUACUCCUUCACCAUGCAGGUGAAUGCCACGCUUUUGAGGAGCAUCUUCUUAAAGCUGGCCUCCUUGGGGAUCUAUUUAUUUUUUGUCUUCACAACAACUGAGCAAGAUGCCAAGUGCAAGGAGAACCAGUUUGGUAGAGAGAUGUACAAGCUGUCCAUCUUCAACUUCCUCGCAACUUUCUUCAGUGUCUUUUUCUUUAACUACCCCAGGAAGUUGGUACAAGAGACGUAUCCAAGAUCCUCGCUGGCCCGAAUAUCAGGGAAACAGCGCUUCCUGAUACCAUUCAAUGUGCUGGACCUUGUUUACAGUCAGACUGUAUCCUGGGUGGGAGUCUAUUACUGCCCUCUGCUGCCUGUCAUAGGAAUCGUUUCAUUGGUUGUCACGUUCUACGUUAAAAAGUUCAAUGUCAUGCGGUGUUGUGUGCCAGAGCAGCGGAUGUUUCGAGGGUCCAGCUCUUCAGUUUUGUUCCAUUUCAUGUUGCUGCUUGGUCUCUUCAUGUGUGCAGCGACACUGGGCUUCAACCACUAUCCGCUACAAAGCACUGAGGGCAGAAAUGCGUCCUCCUGUGGUCCAUUUAGAAAUGAACAAACAAUGUUCACUGUGACUGGAGGCUGUGUGAAAAGUCUCCCCAGCCCAGCCCAGACCGCUAUCCGCUACCUGACUUCUGAGGCCUUCGCCCUACCACUAAUACUAGCAGAGAUCAUAUUCUUAACCUCGUAUGUGUCUCGGAGACGAGCCAAUCAGAGGGCCAUUGAGAGACUGAAAGACAUGCUAGUUAUGAGCAGCUCUGAUAAGCGUUUCCUGGUGAAGCAGCACGCCACGAUGCUGAGACAGCGAAAUAAGCACCACUGAGCUCUUUCUGCGGUCAUUGAAGAGGACGUCACGCUCAGUCACUAAAAACAUCCCAUCUAUGCUUU